AUGUCGAAGGAUUCCGUCGUAGUCAUUGGUUCAGGUCUUGCAGGUUUGGCCGCGUCCAACCAGCUUGUGAACAAGUACAAUAUCCCUGUCAUUCUAGUGGACAAAGCCUCCUCCAUUGGUGGGAACUCGAUCAAGGCGUCGUCCGGUAUCAAUGGUGCCCACACGGGUACGCAGGAUGCACAGGGGGUCAAGGACACUCCAGAGUUGUUUUUCGAGGACACUGUCAAGUCUGCCAAGAGUAAAGGUGACCAACAGUUGAUGAAUAAACUGGCGACACAAUCGCAUCUGGCUGUGGAAUGGUUGCAACAAGAAUUCGACCUGAAAUUGGACCUUUUGGCACAAUUGGGGGGGCAUUCUGCUGCGAGAACCCACAGAUCCUCAGGGAAGUUGCCACCCGGGUUCGAGAUCGUCUCUGCCCUUUCGAACAACUUGAAGAAACUGGCAGAGACGAAACCAGAAUUGGUCAAGAUUCAAUUGGAUAGCAAAGUCACGGAUAUCAAGACCGACUCCCAGGGUGCCGUGUCUGGUGUUGAAUACGUCAACAAGGAAGGUGCCACUGAAAUCAUCAAGACAUCUCACGUUGUUUUCUGCUCUGGUGGGUUCUCCUUCUCAAAGGAGAUGUUGCAAAAAUAUGCGCCACAGCUGGUCGACUUGCCAACAACCAAUGGGGCUCAAACGACAGGUGAUGGACAGAAGAUCUUGGAGAAAUUGGGCGCCGACUUGAUCGAUAUGACCCAGGUUCAAGUACACCCAACAGGGUUCAUCGACCCUACCGACCGUACCGCUGGCUGGAAAUUCUUAUGUGCCGAGGCUAUGAGAGGCCUUGGUGGGAUUUUGCUGAACCCAACUACUGGUAAGAGAUUUGUCAACGAAUUGACCACGAGGGACGUUGUCACCGAGGCAAUUCAGAGAGAGUGUCCCCAGGACGAGAACAGGGCCCUAUUGGUCUUGGGCCAAGGUAUCUACGACGUUCUUAAAAACAACAUCGAUUUCUACAUGUUCAAGAAACUGAUUCAAAAGGUCACAUUGCGUGAGGCAGUCGAGAAGUUCCACUUGCCAAUCUCGGCAGGCGAGUUUGCAGGAGAACUAACCGCUUAUUCCACAGACGCGGAGGACAAGUUCGGGCGUACUUUGGUCAUCAAAAAUUUUGGCGACGCAAUCACAGAGGACACUACCGUGUUCAUAGGUGAGGUCACCCCAGUGGUUCAUUUCACCAUGGGUGGUGCCAAGAUCAACACGAACGCCGAGGUGGUCGACAAACAGGGCAACACGCUGGCAAAGGGGUUGUACGCUGCGGGAGAAGUCUCUGGUGGUGUCCAUGGCGCCAACAGACUAGGUGGCUCCAGUCUUCUGGAGUGUGUUGUGUUUGGGAGGACAGCGGCCGACAGCAUUGCUGCAGCGUUGAACUAG